GAAGGGGGGGGGGGGAAAGGAAAAAGGAAUGCCUGCUUUGACUGGCUUUCUCUCCUGGUCGAGGAGAGAGAAAGCGCUCAGUCAUUCUUUUACAGCCAUCGAUUUCUCCUUCCUCUCUCCCUCUCUUUCUCGCUCUCAUUUUUCCUCUUUUUUUUGUCUGUAUAAUUUUAUUUAAUAAACUCGGUUUUCUUGUCGUAUCUCUGCAUUCUUCGUCGUCUCGUAUAGUCGGCGGAUCUGGAAGUUCCAGUGUUUCUUUAAGAUUUGUACUCCCACGCGGUUGUUUCUUUUUGAAUCCGGCAAGAUCUUGAUUUUCAGGGGCUUUUUCUUCUGUAUGCGCCGAGUUUUACGGUUUGGAAGUGCAGUCGGCGAGGAAAUUAAGUUUUCUUUGAGCAACGCUGAGGUUCCCGGCAUCUCUCUGGCUUUUGGGGUUUGGUAGGCUGCAUCUUAGGUUAUUGUGGCUUGCUCGGAGGAAGAUCGAGUUGUGACACUGCUUUUUCGAGACUGAAGUAACGGAAUCACUUGAGAUUCUGAAAAUGCAGGUGAGUUAGGGCCUACGGCGAGAGAAAGGAAGCGAGUUCUAGGACAAUGGAGGUUCUAGUCGACAAUUCCGGUGAAGAUGCGGUGAAAAAGAAUGGGAUAAAUGCGAAGACGUCUCCAGGCGUUUCUGGUGACAGCGUCAAGAAGAGCUCUAGAUUUGCUAAACCUACCGUUUCUUCGGCGAAUAGGGUUUCUGCUUCAACCAGGAAUGCGCCAGCAAGUAGCUCGGUUUCAGACUCCAGCUCUAACCGACUGCGAUCCAGUUCGACUGUUUCCAGUGCAAGUCCCGCCUCGACGAGGGGCUUGGUCAGGAGAAACAGCAUUGGAGAUAUUCAGAGGCGGCCUGGAAGUGCUUCGGCUAACGCUGCCUCUCCAGCGACUUCGGAAGGCGCCCGACCUUCUCGGCGAGCCUCACUGCCCUCUUCUAUUAAUCUUCCGGAGCAGAAGAAGCCUGCCGUGCCAUCGGUCACUGGAACAAGGCAGGAAUCUCUUCGUAAAACUGCUUCUAAAUCCCUGGCCUCGUCUCCACGAGGCAGCAGCAAUUCGUCUUCCGAGUCGUCUAUAAAGAAGCUCAGUCCAUCGCCAUCGACGGCAACAAAGCCGCGAAGUUCGUCUCUGCUCUCGACAUCUUUGAGUGCGGGAAGCGGAAGCUUCAGAAAGAUGCCAUGUUCGCCGUUAUCCGCCACCUCGCCGACCGUGAACAGUGGCUCUAAAGCCCGGUCAUCAUCUUCCUCUGUAGAGAAGGGCAGUUCUGCAACGUCUGCGCGGCGAAAUGUUUCAACUCCAGACAGUAGAGACUCUCGCUUCAUCGUCCUCCCACAGGUGGAAACAAAAGUUGGCGACGACGUCAGGCUGGAUCUUCGGGGUCAUAGAAUCCGUAGUCUUGAAACAGGUGGCUUGAACUUAUCACCAAAUCUGGAGUUUGUUUAUCUCAGGGACAAUCUCUUAUCAUCACUUGAGGGUAUUGAGAUUUUAAAGCGGGUGAAGGUACUGGAUUUAAGUUUUAACGAGUUCAAGGGUCUUGCAUUUGAGCCUCUUGAAAAUUGCAAAUUUCUGCAGCAAUUGUAUCUGGCAGGAAAUCAGAUUACAUCACUUGCAACACUUCCAGAGCUUCCUAAUCUAGAGUUUCUGUCGGUUGCUCAAAAUAGGUUGAAAUCCCUUGCAAUGUCUACCCAGCCUCGGUUGCAGGUGUUGGCUGCCAGCAAAAACAAGAUAGUGACUUUAAAGGCUUUUCCGCAUUUGCCACUUCUUGAGCAUUUACGUGUUGAGGAAAAUCCUAUCCUGGAAAUGGCUCAUGUAGAAGCAGCGUCAAUCCUGCUGGUUGGCCCCACAUUGAAAAAGUUUAAUGACCGAGAUCUGUCUCCUGAUGAGGUCGAACUUGCAAAGCAUUAUCCUCCUCACACUGCUUUGUGCAUCAGAGAUGGGUGGGAAUUUUGUCGUCCUGAACUGGCUGCAGAUUCAACUUUUAGGUUUCUUUUUGAACAAUGGAAGGAUCACAUGCCAGCAGGAUAUGAGCUGAAGGAAGCCUCCGUUGAUCAGCCUUUUGAAGAGGAUGCUUGUCAUUGCCAUUUUGUUUUCACCAAAGAUCGCAUGCUGACUACUGAGUUUGAUCUGGUAUUAAAGUAUCAAUGGUUUAUUGGAGAUAGAACACCCACAAAUUUUGUUCCAAUUGAGGGUGCAGUCCAGGAGGUGUACUGGCCAAAGCAUGAAGAGGUAGAUAGAGUUUUGAAGAUCGAGUGCACUCCAAUAUUGAGGGAGACUGAGUAUCCUCCGAUAUUUGCAAUCUCUACUCCUGUUUCUCCUGGAACUGGUUGCCCGAAGGUUGUGAACUUACGUGUUGAAGGAGAUCUUGUAGAGGGAAACGUGCUCAGAGGUAUCGCAGAGGUUGCUUGGUGUGGAGGAACACCUGGAAAAGGAGUUGCUAGUUGGUUGAGGCGUAAAUGGAACAGUAGUCCAGUUGCAAUAAUUGGUGCGGAAGACGAGGAGUAUCGGUUAACACUGGAUGAUAUUGGUUCAAGUUUGGUCUUUAUGUAUACACCUGUUACAGAAGAAGGUGCUAAAGGAGAGCCUCAAUACGCUAUGACUGAUUUUGUGAAAGCAGCUCCACCAUCAGUUAGUGAUGUGCGCAUUCUGGAGGAUGCUGUUGAAGGAAAUGCGAUUGUUGGUGUAGGUGAAUAUUUUGGAGGGAAGGAAGGUCCUAGCAAGUUCAAGUGGCUUCGUGAAAACAAGGAAACAGGUGAUUUUACUGUGGUUUCAACUGGUACCGUGGAGUAUAGCCUGAGCAAGAAAGAUAUUGGCUUGCGUUUGAUGUUUGUAUAUAUUCCCAUAAAUUUUGAGGGCCAAGAAGGGGAAUCUGCAUCUGCUGUGACAGAUGUGGUAAAACAAGCACCUCCAAGAGUUAGUAAUCUUAAGAUAAUUGGAGAUGUGAGAGAAGGGAAUAAAUUGUCUGUAAGUGCCAGUGUCACUGGAGGUACCGAAGGUUCUAGCAGGGUUCAGUGGUUCAAGUCAAGUUCAUCAAAAUUGGAGGAUAAGAUUUCCUUGGAAGCUCUUAGCACAUCUAAAAUUGCUAAGUCAUUUCGGAUCCCCUUGGGUGCUGUUGGCUACUAUAUUGUUGCAAAGUUUACUCCAAUGUCUCCUGAUGGUGGAUCUGGUGAACCAGCAUAUGCUAUUUCAGAAAAGGCAGUGGAAACUCUUCCUCCAAGUCUGAAUUUUCUUUCUGUCACUGGUGAAUACUCAGAGGGUGAGAUAUUGACGGCUUCAUAUGGCUACAUAGGGGGCCAAGAGGGCCAAAGUGUCUAUAAUUGGUAUCUGCAUGAGAAUGAAACCGACCCUGGUACAUUAGUGUUUGAGGCAUCUGGCCUUCUUCAGUAUCACAUAACCAAAGAUGCUAUAUGUAAGUUUGUGUCUUUCAAAUGUAUACCAGUAAGAGAUGAUGGCAUGGUUGGUGAGCCUCGGAUUUCCAUGGGGCAGGAAAGAGUUCGUCCUGGGAGCCCUAGGCUGCUUUCGUUGCAGAUUUUAGGGGAAUGUAUUGAAGGUUCUACCCUUCAUGUUGAGAAGAAAUAUUGGGGAGGCAAUGAAGGACAAUCCAUUUUUCGAUGGUACUUGACAGACUCAGAUGGAACUCAGCAUGAAAUAAAAGGUGCAACAACUUGUGAAUACACAUUAUCAAGCAAAGACAUUGGUUCUUUAGUUUCUGUUUCAUGUGAGCCUGUUCGAAAUGAUUGGGCCCAUGGGCCUAUUGUUACUUCUGAAUGUAUUGGGCCAGUUUUGCCUGGUCGACCAUCCUGUGUCUCUCUUGAAUUUCACGAUGAGAUGAUUGAAGGGAAACGCUUAACUUUCAUAGCUGCUUACAGUGGAGGUGAGAAAGGAGAUUGCAUUCAUGAGUGGUUUCGCUUGAAAGAUGAUGGUUCAAAGGAGAAGCUGGGGUGUGAUGAGUUCCAUGAUUUGACUUACGAGGAUGUAGGUGGCUACAUUGAGCUUGUGUUUAUCCCAAUACGCAAAGAUGGAAUGCAAGGGAAGCCCAAGACCAUAGUCUCAACCCUAAUUUGUCCUGCGGAACCUGUUGGCUUGGAGCUUAUUAUUCCAGAAUGUUUUGAGGAUAAGGAAGUGGUUCCUGUGAAAUCAUAUUUUGGAGGGAAGGAAGGUCAUGGAGAGUAUACAUGGUAUAAAUCUUCUAGGAGACUUCAGGAAACAGAUAUAAUGGGCACGCCAAGAGCUAAUGCAGAUGUUCAUAUUGUUGGAAACAAAUUGACGUAUGUUCCAAGACUUAAUGAUGUAGGAGCUUAUCUAGCACUACACUGGGUUCCUGCCCGUGUUGAUGGAAGGCUUGGAAAGCCGAUUGUGGCUGUCAGCAAAACUCCGGUUUCACCAGCCCUUCCUGUGGUUUCCGAUGUUCAUGUUAAAGAAGUGUCAACGGGUGUAUAUUUGGGAUGUGGGAAAUAUUAUGGUGGAUUUGAGGGUCCCAGUUUGUUUAGUUGGUAUAAAGAAACAACCGAAGGAACCAUGUUUCUCAUCACUGAUGCUAACUCCAUGACAUAUGAAGCUACAGAUGCUGACUACAAUUGCCGUUUGUUGUUUGGUUACACCCCUGUUCGUUCAGACUCAGUCAUGGGUGAACUAUUACUUUCUGAGCCAAGUAAUGUGGUUUUUCCAGAGUUAAUAAAAUUGCAGAAGCUUGUUCUCACUGGGAAAGCCAUCGAAGGAGAAGUUCUUACAGCUGUAGAGGUGAUCUCUGAAAGUGAUGCACAACAACUUGUAUGGAACAAAUACAAGAAAGAGGUUACUUAUCAAUGGUCUUUUGUGUCUGAAGUGGAUGGUCUGCUUUCCUAUGAGACAUUGCCUCUACAAUGUUCUUCAUAUAAGUUGCGUUUAGAGGAUAUAGGUCGGUGUUUAAGGUGUGAAUGCAUUGUGAUUGAUGUCUUUGGCAGAUCCAGUGAACCACUACAUGCUAUAUCUGAUCCCAUUGUAGCAGGAGUUCCUAAAAUAGAUAAGCUAGAGAUUGAGGGCAGAGGCUACCACACGAACUUAUAUGCAGUUCGUGGAGUUUACAGUGGAGGUAGGGAAGGAAACAGCAGAAUUCAGUGGCUAAGGUCCAUGGUUGGUAGUCCCGAUCUUAUUUCCAUCCAAGGUGAGGUUGGUCGAAUGUAUGAGGCCAAUGUGGAUGAUGUAGGUUAUAGGCUGGUUGCCUUAUAUACCCCGUUAAGAGAGGAUGGAGUUGAAGGGCAGUCAGUGUCAGCAUCAACUGAGCCAAUUGCUGUUGAGCCUGAUGUAUUGAAGGAAGUCAAGGACAGAUUAGAAAUGGGAGCCGUAAAAUUUGAGGUACUUCGUGAUAGAGAUCAAUCAUCCAAGCCUGAGACGCUAGCUGGUGGACUUGAGAGGAGGAUUCUUGAAGUAAACAGAAAGCGCAUCAAGGUCAUGAAACCUGGUUCAAAGACUUCCUUUCCUGCAACAGAAAUUCGUGGAACAUACACACCACCAUUUCAUGUUGAGAUAUACAGAAACGACCAGCACCGACUAAAAAUUGUUGUGGAUAGUGAGAAUGAAGUUGAUUUGAUGGUUCAGACACGACACAUGCGUGAUCUUAUUGUCCUCGUGAUAAGAGGUUUUGCACAAAGAUUCAACAGCACCUCUCUAAAUUCCCUUCUCAAAAUAGAGACAUGAAAGGGCAAAAAGACUGUACAAAGAAUGUUCUGGGCACGGAGCAAUGUAAUAUGCAUCUGUUCGUUCAUUUGAAGUGUUCAAUUGUGCUUAUGUAUUCGCAGCUGGAGCUGUUGUAUGUAUUUAAUAUUCUUUGGGUUGGGGGCUUACGCCUGAGUUAGAAAAAUGCAGGUGCACGUGAGUCCGGCAAAUAGAAGGGUUUCAUUUGAUGGGUUGUGUGUAAGUUUGUGAAAAAUCUGGAUGCUGUAAGAAACAGUGACGUUCAGGUUGUCAACCUGUAUCUGUGUUUUAGUUGGCAAUGUUUGUUCUGUAGACGGGAACGUUUGCUCAUUUCGUUGGCCUUUCUGCUAAAAUGGGCCUGUUGUGUCUGUUUAUGCUCAUCUUAGGUUAAUUCUGCCUGGUCUUAUUGUCAAAUUCAGCUAUUAAAAAGAGACAUAAACAGCAAACUAGUCUGUGGUUAUUGCCAAAUUGACUGGCAAUUUCUUUUCUUUCUUCAUUUUACAUUUCAGAUUGACUUGAAAAAAAAAUGUCAGAUUCAGACUGGAACACGAGAAAUGAAUAGAAUCAAGUCCUGUGUCGUUUCUUUA